AUGCCACCAAAGCGGUCUAAGGGUGUCACGUUUAAACUCGUGCAACAGUCGUACGAGGACGCUAACGCUGAUGAGCCGGGCCGCAGUGCUGCUGUGAUGGUGGAUGAGCGUGAGUUGCGAAGUCACUUACCGGCCGGGAGCGCUGCAGCGACAAGACGCCGCCGGGAGCGGACAGAGACGACUGCAGACAUCAACGCGUGGGCCAGCGAGUGGAACACCGCCGCCGUUGCGCGACUGCCAGAAGAGGAGGCGUACAUGAACCGCAGAAAUAUGCUGCGCGCGCAGGACGAUGAUGAUGAUGAUGAUGAUGUUAACGUGAAGAAAGGCGCCGUGUCGGCGUCGAAGAGAAACCAUGAAGAGACGGAGGAUGUCGCUGCUAGUGAGACGGAGAGUGACGAUAAGUUGUUUGAUGAUCAGGAGGAAGUGGAGUUCACAGACGACUUUCUGCGGGAGUUGGUGCUCGGCGGCGGCGACAACGACGAUGAUGAUGCGAAUAACAAUAAUAAUAAUUAUAACUAUAAUAACUACGAUGAUAACAGUGAUGCGGAUGACGGCGAUGGGGCGGCGGGGGAUGCCGGCGGGGUGUCGUACCCGCAGCACGACGUCAGCGCCCGCGGGGCGGAGCGGCAGUUCACGCGGAUGAUGCGGGAGUUCGACGCCGACGCGCGGCUCAACGACGCCUACACGGACGACCCCCGCACGUACGGCGGCGCCGGCGUCUCGCAGUACUUGCGGGCCCUCGAGGAGUUCGUCGUGGACCGCGCCGGUCUGGACUGCGACACCGCCGCCCCCCGCCGCAACCGCGGGCUGCUGCAGCAACUCCGCACGCUCGCGCAGCACGCCGGCACCGACAUGAGCCCCAGCGGCGAGGUGCACACCACCACCGUCAUGCCGGACCGACACGCACGCUUUGUGGAGGAGUUCCGCAAUGAGACACUCGAGAUACGACGGGCCGCACGGGAACGAGUGCUUUCCUACCAGAAAGAACAACAACAACAAGGAGGAGGAGAAGGAGAAGGCGUGAUGGAUGGGGAGGGGGAGGAGAAGAAGAAGAGCACAUCCGAAGGAACAGCCCCAGCACGGAACGCAGUAAUAGUAGCGGUAGGAGAGAGGGAAGAGGAAGAAGAAGAGGAGGAAGAGGAGGCGUAUAUUGUGAGGGAGCUGAAGGAUAAGGCAAAUCGAAUGGACUGCGAAACAGUGGUAUCGACGUACUCAACGUACUUUAAUCAACCAAACGUCAUUCGUGCGGCCCCUACAGGGAAAAGACGCAAGGGACGCGGUGAUGCCGAAUCUACAUUGCUGUCAUCCACCCAAGAAGAAGAAGAAGAAGAGGAUGAUGAAGAAGAAGUACCUGAUCUGUAUGCACAGAUGCUCAUGCUGACACGUGAUAAGGAAGAGACAAAGGAAGAGAAGAAACUUCGCAAACAGUUGGCUAAACAGGCACAACGUGAGCGUCGCAGCAAAAAGAAGGAGUUACGACAUGCGUACAAGGUAUUAGAGGUUGAUGAGGCAAAACGAUCAAAGGAAUCCCAAACCGCAAAGAAGACGGUACACUUCUUUUAG